AUGGCAACUCAGAUGGAAGUAGAUCAACCAAAUGUUGGUGUCAUGGCAUCUCCUGGUACGACAGGCAGUGUAACAGUCGCUCUUCACCCUUUGGUAAUAAUGAAUAUAUCUGAGCACUGGACACGAGUCAAGGCGCAAGAAGGGAAACCAACCCAGGUACUGGGAGCACUCAUUGGCCAGCAGAAGGGAAGAAAUAUUGAAGUGAUGAAUUCCGUAGAGCUUGUUUUUGAUGUCGUCAAUGGAGACAUUGUCAUUGAUAUGGAUUACUACAAUUUGAAAGAAGGACACUACAAACAAGUCUUCAGUGAGAUGGACUUUCUAGGCUGGUACUCAACUGGUGAUGGUCCCACAGAAUCUGACAUCAAAAUACACAAGCAGUUUUUCUCCAUCAACGAGAGCCCAAUUUUCCUUCAGUUAAACCCACAGGCUAGAACUUCAGAUCUACCCAUCUUCAUGUUUGAGUCGGUGAUAGACCUAGUCAAAGGAGAGGCAACAGUUUUGUUCGUCGAGAUCCCAUACACGCUAGCAACAGAGGAGGCAGAGAGGAUCGGGGUUGAUCAUGUAGCCAGGAUGUCAACGGCUGAAACAGGAGACUCCUCAACUGCCGAACAUCUUUUGGCACAACACAGUUCUAUCAAAAUGUUGCACAAUCGCAUCAAAAUUAUACUUGCUUACAUUCAGGCUACCCAGAAAGGUGAGGUGGCCAAAAACCAUGAUAUACUGCGGGAAGCUUACAGCCUGUGCUACCGCCUGCCAGUCCUUAGUUCUCAGAAGUUUAAGGAGGAUUAUUAUACGCAAUGUAACGAUGUUUGCCUUAUGGCCUAUCUUGGUGCCAUGACCAAAGGAAGCAACACAUUGAAUCAGUUCUUGAACAAGUUCAAUGUACUCUACGACAAAGGAAUGGGUAGAAGAAUGCGGGGAUUAUUUUUUUGA